AUGGUACUGAGACAGAUUGUGUCCAGUGUCUUUCGUAAUCAGGUGAUACUCAACCUCCCCUGCGGUGAGUAUAUCACUCCCCCACGUGAGUAUCUCAACUCUCCUGCAGGUGAGUACUCAACCUCCUCCUGCAAGGUGAGUAUCAACCUCCCUGCAGGUGAGUUCUCACCUCCCCUGCAGUUGAGUUCUCAACCUCUCCUGCAGGUGAGUACUCAACCUCCCCUGCAGGUGAGUACUCAACCUCUCCUGCAGGUGAGUUCUCAACCUCUCCUGCAGGUGAGUACUCAACCUCCCCUGCAGGUGAGUUCUCAACCUCUCCUGCAGGUGAGUACUCAACCUCCCCUGCAGGUGAGUACUCAACCUCCCCUGCAGGUGAGUACUCAACCUCCCCUGCAGGUGAGUACUCAACCUCUCCUGCAGGUGAGUACUCAACCUCCCCUGCAGGUGAGUUCUCAACCUCUCCUGCAGGUGAGUACUCAACCUCCCCAGGUGAGUACUCAACCUCCCCUGCAGGUGAGUACUCAACCUCCCCUGCAGGUGAGUUCUCAACCUCUCCUGCAGGUGAGUACUCAACCUCCCCUGAAGGUGAGUACUCAACCUCCCCUGAAGGUGAGUACUCAACCUCCCCUGAAGGUGAGUACUCAACCUCCCCUGCAGGUGAGUACUCAACCUCUCCUGCCAGUGGGCGGGUGUGUGGGCGGGGAGUGCUGCCACCCAGAGUGUGUGGGCGGGUGCUACGCCCCCGGCAACGCCUCCGCUUGCGUCUCCUGCCGUUGCGUCAUCCAAGGAAACACUUGCGUCAGUUCCUGUUCCAGCGGCACCUUCAGGGUGGGUGACAGGUGUGUGAGCCUGGAGGAGUGCCGAGCUGAGAGUGCCAGGAUUCGAACCCGUGUUGAGUGUUCUCGGUCAUGCCUGAUCCAGCGUACACCCAGCAACACCAUCUGUGACCCCUGUCAAGGUUGUGUGGGGCCCUGCAACGUCACCGCCUCCCUCAGGAACAUCCAACAAGCUGAGGACCUCCAACACUGCACCUCUGUCGAUGCCUUGGAGAUUUCCAUCACUGGUGGAGUGAACGUGGAGGCUGAGAUAGGGAUACUACUGAGUAACAUAGAAGAGGUUAGAGGUUACCUUCGGAUCUUCAAGACCAACCUCACCUCCACCAGCAUCCUGCCCAACCUCACCAGAAUUCGUGGAGAGUCCCUCAAGUAUAACCAGUACUCGCUGGUGGUGCUGGACAACCCUCGCCUUCAGAGCCUCGCCUCCUGGACCCGUCCCGACAGGAACUUCACUAUAGACCGUGGCAAGAUUCUUUUCCAGACCAACCCCCGUCUGUGCCUCCGUCAGAUCAACACCUUAGUCUCCCACCUUACCCAGUCUACGGCCUACCCUCUAGACGAAGAAUCUAGAGCCAACGGACAGGAGGGACUGUGUGAGGUAACUUCUCUGAGCGUGGGCGUGAGGGCGUCACCCAUCUAUGGUACCCUGAUUGUCACCAUUGAUGCCCUGCCUGCCCACCUGAUGGGCACCGUGGGCGCUCUCUACAUCAAGUAUAGGCAGACAACCCACAACGUCACCCUCCAGCAGGACCCAUGUUCUGCUGCAGAAGGGUCCUCUCAGACCAGUUAUCUUGUACUCCACACCAGUGACUCAGUAGUCCUUUCAGAACAGUUCUGUACUCCCACACACCAUGACUUCGUAAUCCCUACUAGAACCUCUACUGACCUCCACCACCGUGACUUCAAUCCCAGCCCGCCCGUGGGCGUAAACUGGGCAUCCAGAAGCAGCUCCACCCUGGAGGUGUGGUGGGAGCCGCCCCGUCGCCCACAUGGACACGUGGACCACUAUAUGGUGGCCGCCCUCAUGCUUCCAGACGCCCACGCCCACCCACCCUACCCAGAUCUAUGCAGCACCCAUGCACAGAAAAGCCUCAGCAGAAUAUGGCAGGAAAAACAGAGAAGAGAAACGUCGUCAGAGGAAGCUUUCGGGAGGCUGGAGGAAGCCGAGGAAGAGGAGGAGGGCGAGGAAAAGGAAGAGGAGGAGAAGGUGUGUAAGAAGACCUCCAGCCUCACCUGCUGCGCCUGCUCCGACAACCAGCAGGAGGACGUCGAAGUUACUGACUUCGAGGAAAUUCUGCUCCAAGACGUCAACACUGCGAGCCUAGCCAAUGCUAGGCAUCGAGCCUUCCCUGGCUGGGCGAUGGAUAGCCUAGCACCUAGUAGCCCUCAGCACCGCCCAGGUAGCGAGGACGGUGCUCAAGCCCUCCUAGCCGGGAGGAACUCCCAGGAGAACUUCGACCAGCUGUUCCAAACAUCGCUCACAGGAGGUGGUAAUUACCCACAGCUGGUGCCCCUACAUCAGUACUAUGCCAUCUAUCAGCCGGCCAACUCCAGCAACAGCAGCCAGGGUACAACAAGGUUGACGGGAAGGUACCAGCUUCAUGACUCCCGAAUUUUCCAACUGCAACAUCAACCUCAUCAUGACGACGGUGCCUGGAGCGUGAUGAAGGCAGGUACCUACACCCGUCACCUGACUCUCACUCACCUGAAACACUCUACUGUCUACCUGGUGGGGGUGGUAGCCUGUCUCACGCCCACCAACUGCACGUCUACGCCCGUGAAUGAAGGUGUGAUGGACUGUAAACUGUGCUCGACCGUAGCUUCCGUAAUCGCCGCUACUACCGCUGCUAACGAAGGUUUCGCACCCUCGGAGAUGUUCCGCGAGGAGUUCAUCCUGUGGCGAGACGACCUGACGGUGCGGCCACAGACACUGCUAGGACACGGCUACUUCGGCAAGGUCCUAGCUGGGGAGCUGAGGACCGCUGGGACAGUGGCUAGGAGCGUGGCAGUGAAGACCCACAGUGAUGCAGCCUCCACUGAGGAGGUGGUGCAGUUCCUCAGGGAAGCGGCAGUGAUGCAGGAUAUAGAGUGCCAUCACGUGGUUCGCCUGCUAGGUGUAGUAGGGGACUACGCCCCCGUCUACGUGGUUAUGGAACUAAUGGAGCAAGGUGACCUCAGAACCUACCUCAAGAACCACAGAGGUGACCUCUCAAACCAGAAAGUGUUGGAGAUGGCAGCAGAGGCAGCAGACGGGAUGACGUACCUGGCCUGGAAGAGGCUGGUUCACAGGGACCUGGCAGCCAGGAACUGCAUGCUAGACCAGACACUCACACUCAAAAUCGGGGACUUCGGCCUCUCCAGGAGCCUCCAUUCUAACUACUACAGGAAGGAGGGCCGCGCCAUGAUGCCAGUUCGAUGGAUGGCGCCAGAAAGUCUCCAGUUCAGUGUAUACAACAGCCAGAGUGACGUCUGGAGCUACGGUGUCCUCUUGUGGGAGAUGACCACCAGGGGCGUCAGACCUUACAAGAACAACACCAACGACGAGGUAGUACGCCUGGUGGUAGAGCAGCGACUGACACUGCCUCACCCCCUGGACUGUCCUCCAGCACUGCUCAGUAUAAUGCAACGCUGUUGGAAUUACGACCCCGCCAGCAGACCUUCCUUCAGCGUCAUCACUGCCUUCCUUCUCAAGCAUGUGAGUGUGGAGUAUGGAGAGAGAUUCCAGCAAGUGUCAGCCUUCCACAGCCUCGCCUCUCAAACCACCAGCAGGGAGAGUGUAAGAGGAGGCUCCGUCAGUAGCCAGUGUCUGCACACUGCCAGUGACGAUGAUCUUCACAACGUGGAUCCUCUCACCAUUACUUCAGACCUCAGCCACGACAGCGCACCGGAGGGAGAGGAGAGUGAGUGGCGGGAGGUACCUCUAAAAGGUCAGUCCCCAUGUCACUCUCACCUCUCACCACUACAACUACCAGCAGUCAGUGCCAAGCAACAUGCUCCAUCAUACCACACUAACACCGAGAGGGAGGUAGAGUGUGUGUUUCCCAAACGCCCUACGUGCAAGUGGCCCCUCCAGGGGCACAACACCACCAACCAUGUAUACACCAACUGCACCUCUGUCGACUUCCUACCUCAGGCAGCACCUUUCUUCACCUCUCAGUCAGUUUUUGAUGAUGCUAUAUUUCAGCGUCCCGGACUUCUGGCUAAAAGAGACACGACCACAUUCCUCACCACUCUAGGUUGUACUAAGCAACCAUACACUACCUCUGAUGAAGCUCAGUCUCGUUCAGCUUCAGUCUUCGAUAUCCUUAGUGACCCGCCUACCCUCAACUGUGCCCCUUCGUCUAUUUCUUGUAUGAACUCUUCAACGCCAUUUCCAGGAGCAACCGUCUCUUUUGAGGGAUUUUCUCUUGCCUUGCAGGAGUGUGGCACACAGACCUCAGUCGUGCAGCCAUACCAGGCCUCAGCAAACCUCCCAGACACUGCCGUCCAUUAUACGUCAAGCUCCUCCUCCCCAGAGCCACAUUCCUACUCAUCAGAGUCUGCUCUCUCUCUCCGAGGAUUCCAUGACGAUCAGUUUCCAAUUUGCGAAUCCCAGAGUUGCCCAGAUACCAGAGUGCUCGAGCAGACAGAACUAUUAUGUUUGGGUCCAAGUGUACCGCUGCUUUCCUACACCUCCCUCCCAUAGCUGCCUUUCCUCCUUGUCCGUCUCGGACAGGACUGCCUUUCUUGACGCAUUCCUAUACCUCUCUGCCAGAGCUGCCUGCCCCUACACUCCCUACUACUCAUGAUUACUUCUACAGCCUUCAUGGGUACUGUCACCAAUCAGUGUACUCCUGCACCUACCUCCAGCAGCGCAGCAGCUUCACCACCCGCACCAUAACUGCCCUCUUUAUUUUCUCCAUCGAAGAUGUAUAUUGUAUAUCUUCCGUGCUACAAGUGACCUUGCCUCUACCCGACGGCAGCAGCAGCAGUCGUCUCUGUUACGGGACGACAGACGGCGUCGUUGCCUUCACGUCGACCCAUGGCGUCGUCUCUCCCUCCCAGGAUGCAGAGCACCACAGUUUUUCUUGUUGUUGUAAUGUUGUAAUAACAUUAGUCACAUUGAUAUUCUUCAUGAAUAACUGAAGCGUAUAAAAGUGAGAAUAAACCAGAAGCAUGUGUGAAUACAUGUGAUAAUACUGUUGUAUUUAGGGGAAAGCGCUAAACCCACAGGAGGCUCACACAGCGCCUGUGAAUGGGAGGUAAUCAGAUCCAAGGAAGGAAAUGUUAGGUCCACUUACUGGCAUUAGAGACCAAUCAUGCCAGCAUCAAGGGCAUUCCCUUGAUGCUGCAAAGCUCUUAAAUCAAGGAAUUUUAGCUCCCUAAAUCAAAAUAGAUCACCAUGUGUUCUCCAGGCAUUGUAUAACUUCCCACCGACCACUAUAAUAAAUUAAGGCGAGUCUCUGUGUUAACUGUACUGAAGGGACGGUCACGUGAAGGACGGUCACGUGAAGGGACGGUCACGUGAAGGAAGGGACGGUCACGUGAAGGGACGGUCACGUGAAGGAAGGGACGGUCACGUGAAGGGACGGUCACGUGAAGGGACGGUCACGUGAAGAAAG